AUGGCUGCAACGUCGUUUGAGUUCGUUCAGGGGAGUGAGCGGCUUGACUGGGGAGUGUUAGUCGCUAUUGAUCUGCAGCGACUGAUAAAAGACACCAAUGUGGAUACAUUACAACGCAUUGUGGAAAAUCUCGCCUUUGCACGAGUAACACGUGAUGAGGCGGCGAUGUUCACACCAGAGCACAUCCUCCAUCUCUUCACACUGUGUCAACUCGUCAUUCAGUAUCUUGUCUGUUCGCAGGAGUGUCUGGCGAAGAUGAAUGUGAAGUUGAGUGAGCGGGUGCAGGAGGCCCAACACCGUUGGAACUCUGCAGAGGCAGAGCGGGAGCGGCUGCAUGAGGAAAACACAAUACUGCGAAAAGAAGUAAAGGCACAACGAAGAACACUCUUGGCGUAUGAAUAUGCCAACAGUAACGCAGCAGGUGGUGGUGCAGGUGGUGCUGGUGUGGGAUGUCCGUAUGUGUGUCCACACUGUGGGGAUGCGUAUGCAAAGAGUGAGUCUCUGCAGUCACAUAUACGAAAAAGGCAUCAAAAACAACCAGCACAACAACAAUCACAACAGCAACAACAACAACAACAACAGGUUGGGAAAACAACGGAUAUGUUUGAGAUGCAUAUGCGGCAACUCCAAGAAAAGGUUGACCGUCUGGAACAACAACUGGGGCGAGAGAAGGAGCGUAAUGAUUCACUCCAGCGUGAGAGUAUGAUGAUGAUGCUGCAGGCCACAAUGGGUGGAGCACGAACAGCACAACAACAACAACAAGAAAAAGAAAAAGAAGAACAGCGUGUGGUGCAAAUACGAGAAUCGUCUUCUUUGGCUAAAGAAUCUCCUAAACGGGAGGAGACGCUGGCGAGUUUACCACGUGUUCAUACAGCACCUGUGCAAGUGAUCACACCUGAAGUUUCUGCUAUUCCAAUUAUGCCAGAUGUGGAAGCUCUUCAACGGUAUAACGUAUCCCGUCAGCAAGAAAGUACAAAUCAUGCCCUUCUUCGACAGAUUGCGGAGUUGGAAAAAGUUGUGCGAGAUUUAAAGAACUCAAAGAAGGAGACAGUGGGAACAGAUAUACCCGCCUCAUCACAUGAUUCUAAACAAUCUACGAUGGCACCAGGACCAACAACUACAACUACAACAACAACUCAGGCAGUCUCACACACACCAUCGUGGCUUUCAGCCCCUGGUAGAGGAGUAGGAAGUACAACAAUGACUUCUACUUUGCCAGUGGCACCGUCAACCGCAGAGAGAGUUGCAUUAUCGACACCACAACCAACACAAACACUGCCCCAACAACAACAACAACAACAACAAUCAUACGUUUCUGUACCGCCUGUACCUACCUCUAACACUACUACUAGCGCUUCUGCGAGCACAGCACUAUCACAACCACAUUAUCAACCACAAGUUUCUGUACCGCCUGUACCUGCUUCUAAUACUACUACUAGCGCUCCUGUAAUUACACCACAAACACUGCAACAACCACAGCCACAACAACAAUCAUACGUUUCUGUACCGCCUGUACCUACCUCUAACACUACUACUGGCGCUUCUGCGAGCACAGCACUAUCACAACCACAUUAUCAACCACAGGUUUCUGUACCGCCUGUACCUGCUUCUAACACUACUAGCGCUCCUGUAAUUACACCACAAACACUGCAACAACCACAACAGCAACAGCAACAGCAUGGCAUCACUUUUCAUAUUCCCCCUACUCCAGCUCCUUCUCUUGCCCCUGUUUCUGCCACAGGGAUUAAAACCGUAGGGUCUACAGUCUCCACGUUCUCGACCUCCUCGUCUAGUGUUAAUAUGCCUCACACUUCAUCUACCACAGCGGCGACAACGAAUAUGCAACACGCAUCUCCAGCAGUCCAUGGCACGGCUCUUGGGUCUCCCUCAGUAGGAAGAGACAUGCCCACUAGACUGAGUGGUACAUUUCCAGCAAAGGGUGUGAAUUCAGACCCCUCUAUUUUCCCAUGGAAUCUACCAAAGCAGCCCUCGAACUCCCCUGGUAACCCAGUAACAACCUCAGAGAGUACUCCAAUUUGGCUUCGAACGAACUCUAUGAGAGAUGACAGCAGUAAGGAUGGGUCAACGAUAGCGGCAAACCCACCUCGUGUUGGUAGCGGCUCUAUAAACACCCCACAAAUGUCGGUACCACCACCUGUCUCUGUUGCCCCAACUAAUACACAGUUAACUCCCUCAGGUUUACAGAUGGGACGACCGUCGUAUGCGGACGUUGCCUCAACGUCUCGUUUACCUCCUCAGAGUUUAUCCCCGCAAGUACCAGUACCUUCUUCUAUGGCAACAAUAGCGACAGGAGGAAUCCCAUCGUAUAGUAAUGCAGUGACAGUGUCGGCAUCAGGUGUUCCCCAUGCAGCAGUGCCAGUUGCAAGGCAAGCAAGAGCCCCUAGUAACAGUACUUCUAGCAGUAGGAGCUCAUCUUAUGAAAGCACUUCUUCCUAA